AAUCACAUUUCAAUUCAAGAGAAAACAUUAAACAUCAAAUUAAAGAAAUUGUUUAGAUUUUUUCAUCAAAUCAAGUAGAUUUGGAAAAUUGUCCAAGUUUUUUUAAAAAUUGAAAUCAAAUUGGAAGGAAAAUGACACAAAAGGAAGUUGAAAAAAGCGAAAUAUCCAAAAGACCACCGAUGGAUUUUGCCGAACUUCGCAAUGACGCCGAUUUUAUCACCAAGUCAACCAAUUUGGAAAAGUCAUUAGAUGCAAUUGAUGAACAAAUAUCGGCCGCAUGUGAUUUCCCAAAUUAUGACGAUUUGAGCAUGGAAGAAAAAGUCAAAUUUGAUCUAUAUUUGUCGUAUUCAAUCAACUCACUGUAUUGGAUGUACUGUAAACUCCAGGCCAUUGACACGAACUCGAAUCCCAUUCGAAAUGAAAUAUCGCGUGUGAGACAAGCAAUAAUACGUGAUAAGGACAUUUAUGAACGGAAAACCAAACGACCGGUAUUGGACAAAGGUGCGGCCGGUCGAUUCAUUCGACACGGAUUACAUGAAAAACGACCCACCGACAAAGAAUUACUGGCACCAAAACCAAAACACAUGCGCUUCAAUGACGAUGAUUAAAUUUUGAUUUACUACCAUUUUAUAGGCAAUUUCCUUUAUAACAAAUCGAUCUAAGCUAAAUAUAAGAAAGUUCUAUAUUUUGUAUCGCAACACAUUCAUUUAAGAAAAAAUAAAACAAAAAUAUCAUUUAGUAAGGGAA